AUAAAAUUGCUCCAUCUAAAGCUGACGCGAUUUUAUCACACUUUUGUUCUCUAGUUUUUCCCGUCGCAAGAAAACUUUCGUGUAAAAAUACAAUUAUCCGAUUAAAAAUCAGUGUAUUUACCCCCGAAGUAGUAGUAGUCCAAUGUAACACAGAAUAGUUUCAAUAAACAAGUCGUAGUAGUUCCAAUCAAUUAGUGUCACAGUUGUAUGUUUAUAACCAAACAAGUUAUCAAAGUCAACCAUAGAAAACCGAAGUCAACUUUUAGAAUUUUAACGUAGAAAACCCAACAGGAAUUUUGAUUUUUACAAAAUUAGCGAAUAAAAUAAAGGCAGACUAAAGUCAGUUCUAAAAAAUUGUGCACAAUGGACCCAACAUUGAAGUUAUUUGUGUCACCAGAGUUUAAUUCCGACAAAUAUGUUCGCGAGCUAUCACAAAAUUGUAUCGGAGGUCCGGAGUUGGUACGUUUACGUAACAAAGUACAAACAUUGUCAGAGGACACAAGUGGGCAAUUGAAGAAGAACGUUUACCAAAAUUAUAUACAGUUUAUCGAAACAGCGAAGGAAAUUUCGCAUUUGGAAAGUGAAAUGUAUCAAUUAUCCCAUUUACUGUCGGAGCAGCGUUCAUUGUUAACUUCCCUUUCCAACACUACAAUUCUAGGCGAGGAGGCUCCAGUUUCUGUGGAGUUGGUCGUUAAUAAGGAGAGCAAUAAAAAACAGGUGGAGGAAAAUACGAGGCGAGAUAAGUUGACAACUAUUAUGGAGAAUGUCGAAGGGUGUGGGAACUUGGUGGAUGUGCCCACCAGAAUGUUAAUGCAUGAAGGUGAUCUUUUGGAACUGGACCCCAUUGAGAAUAAUCCAAUAAAACGUGUGCAUGGAUAUCUAUUUAAUGAUGGAUUAAUGUUGGCAGCUUGGAACUCUAAUAGACGUGGUCCAAUAAGAUAUAAGUUUGAAGCAAUGUACGACUUGGGCAGUCUAGCCGUAGUGAACGUCAGAGAUUUGGGUAGCAUUAAAUACGCCUUUAAACUACUGGCGUUCCCCGAUACACGACUAUUCCAAAGCACUUCCACCUCAAGCAAGAAAGAAUGGCUAGAAAAAUUUGACCAAGUAAAGAAGGCCAGGCUAAAUCAAGACUCGGGUAAACGAGAGUCGAUAGUUGAAAAGUCGCCGUCUCGAACGAUUUCUAUCGAUUCGCCUAAUUUAAAUCCGUUUGACGAAAUGGAAGAGGAUGUCAUUUUACAUCCACACUGGCUAGUUGAAAGCCCGGAAGAGCUAGACGUCUUUAUAGCUCAGAGGCAUUUCGAAGAUGCCCUAAGCACUCUGCAUAAGGCCAACGAGUACUUUUCGAAGUAUGUUCCACCAAACGGUCAAGUGGAUCACACCUUUACGGAGAUUAAAAAUAAAAUUCAGCAGAGGCAGUUAACCCUAACUGAGGUGCUUAUGAAGGAGUUGGAGGUCAGCCCUGAUAAGUCAUUACAAGGUGGUCUGCGGGCGGCACGGAGGGCGGUGCGGUUACUCAAUCAAUUAGAACGCUCCACUCAGGCUUGCACGCUGUUUCUCAAGUUGUGUAGUAGUAUGAUGCGAACGCAAUGCAAGCGGGUGAAACGAGAAGGUUCUGCUACCGUGUACAUUCAGCAUUUAUCUAGCGUUGUCUUCACUAACAUGUGUCACAUGACCGAAGAAUUUUUGAGGGCAUUUCCUAACUCUCCCAGUUGCAGCUCUGCUUUUAUUGUGUGGGCGAGCAAAGAAUUAAAUAUAUUUACAACGCACUUCAUAAAGCAAGUAUUUAUAACGCAAACGUCACUCAGUACUUUUACAGAAUGCGUGGUAUUAGCUAGAUCUCAAUGUGAAAGGCUCUGCGGUUAUGGAAUCGAUUUUUGCUAUCAACUUGAUGGUGCCUUUCGAACUCCACUCACAAAAGCGAUUCGAGAAGCAAGAGAUAAGGUUACCGACGCUGUCAAGUUGCGAUCGAUGGAAGACAACUGGAUUCCCACCAAUCUCAAAUCAAAAUCGGGACUGGCACGCUGCCUGCAGGAGUAUAUCAAAAUGGAUCUCAUUUUGGAGAACUACGUUACAGGCGACUGUUGGUUACAGCUUACACAAAACACCCUAUCAUUUUCAAAGUUAUUCCUAACACUUUUAGAUGAUUGCCUCAAGCUGCAAACGGCGGAACUUCUCUACACCAUCGACGAAACACUUUUUGAAGUUCUCGACGCUCAAGUAAAACACAUUGCUCAAUCGCUGAGGAAUGAAAAACAAAACGAACAGCGCCAUUUCAUGAUAAAGAACGCAGACUUUGUGCUCACGGUACUGGUCGGUUUGGCACAGAGGAAGUACAAUAACGCCGUGGGUUUUGACAGUACUUCCCUUGCGCGAGUAGUCAAGGAAAAUACAGCGUUAUUGCACGGAGUAACUCCGACGAAUAGGCAAAUACCGAAAUACUCGUCAAAUGAAUAUUUGUAAUCGUAUUUUAUUACUUCAUAAUAUAUAGCUUGGAAUAUUAUAUGUAAGACUACCAAAAUUACUGUUAAUAAAUUUUAUAAUUUAUAAAUAUUAUUUAAGACUA